AUGUCAGGUCCACUGAUAUCUCUAGUGGGGAAGAGGAUUCUGGCUGAAUCCGCGAGGAAUCAUUUUGGUCAAGAGGACCCAUACUUUGAAAAAGUUCCCGCGUCACGUCUAUCCCGCGCUUUUGGUAAAAAGACGCAAAAGCGUCGCAAAGCCGCUCCACCCGGUCUAUCCAAAAACGAUGAGAAAGUUUUGACUCAGGUUAAGCGUCGAGCCUAUAGACUAGAUUUAUGUUUAUUCAGCUUGUGUGGCCUCCGGUUCGGUUGGAGUAGUAUGAUUGCCAUAAUUCCCUUUGCUGGGGAUAUAGCUGACACCCUACUCGCGAUGAUGGUCGUGAAUACCUGCGAAAAGGUCGAUGGCGGACUUCCCACACGGCUCAGGAUGAAGAUGACCGUCAACGUUCUCAUCGAUUUUGUUAUUGGUCUGGUGCCAUUUGUAGGAGACGUCGCCGAUGCUAUGUACAAAUGUAAUACGAGAAAUGCCAUAAUCUUGGAGAAGCAUCUCAGGGAAAAAGGAUCCCGGGUGCUUGCCAGGCAGCAAAGAGAACAAGAUAAUGUCGAGGUAGAUAUGAGUCUGCCAGAGGAGUUUGACAGAUACGACGAGACUGUGGAUGACGCUGGUCUAUCCAGACACGGAAGCGGGCCACAGCGCAAGAAAACCCAACCCCCAGCCAAGCUCCAAGCGGCGAAGCAUCCGCAGAGACAUCGACAGCAACGUGGAUGGUUUGGCGGGUCAGCUCGUCCGGACGAUGACCUAGAAACGGGUACGGUUGGCAACACCAGAAGUACUAGAUGA